AUGGAUCAAGGUGAUAGGAAUCAAUCAAGUAUGGAUAGAGAUGGAGUGCAGAUUGGCAUAAGUACUGAACCUACCAAGGAUGUACCUCCAGAUAAACAUAAUAUGGUGGUUGAAGCUGAAGGAACAACUUCAUGUGAUGUAAGUUCAGCAAGUGCAGCUAAACAAAUGAUACCAGCAGCAGACAAAGUUCAGGACAAAUGCAAUACAAUUUUGGUACCAAGUGAUAUACAGCAGCAGGUGGCAGAACCAAGGGAUCAAUUUGGAUUGGAAGAAGCUACUAAAACCAAAGGAAAAGAUUUAGAUGAAGAAUCUACAACUCAAAAUUUCAAAAGAGUGGCAAGUCAAGGGGAUCUUUCACCUAGGCAUAUGGAUACAGGCAGAUCUGUAGGAAGGGGCAAAAAGAAGAAUCAAAGAGAGAAUCCUAGGAAGCUGGAAAGAUAUAGGAGGAAGAUUGGUUUUCUACAGGCUUUCUCUAAUGUUUCAAAUAAGAUUUGGGUUUUUGUAGAUGAGGAUCAUGGGGUGGAUUUAAUGAUCAACACAAAACAACAGAUGACCAUGAAGCUGACCAACAUGGAUACUCAGAUUUCUUUCAUUGUCACAUUUGUAUAUGCUAAGUGUGAUCCCAUUGAAAGGAUUGAACUAUGGGAUAGCAUGUUUUAUUUGGCUAGAGACAUGACAAUACCAUGGCUUGUAGCAGGGGAUUUCAAUGUUAUCUGGGAUGAAGAGGAGAAGUUUGGGGGCCUGCCAGUGUCACUAAAUGAGACUUUCAGAUUCCUUAAUUUUUGGAUAAAGCAUCCUACUUUCAAGGAUGUGGUGAAGGACAACUGGAAAGUAGAUUUUGUUGGAGAUCCAUUUUAUAUGUUCAAUCAAAAGUUAAAGAGACUGAAGAAGGCACUAACAGCAUGGAGCAGGAUCACUUAUGGGAAUAUUUUUCAGAAAAUUGCAAGUUUAGAGGAAGUGGUAAUUGUUCAUGAGGCUGAGUUUGAAAGAAAUCCUACAGCACAAAAGGAGGAAUUUUGGAAGCAGAAGGCUGGCAUGAACUGGUUUCAAGAUGGUGAUAGAAAUACAAAAUUCUUCCAUGCACAGGUAAAUGGUAGAAGAAAGAGGCUACAGUUAAAAAGAAUUCAAAAUGCGGAAGGCAAUUGGUUGGAUGACACUAAUGAAAUGGCUGAUGAAGCAGUGAGAUUUUUCCAAAAUCAAUUUCAUGAGGAUGCAGUGCCUACAGAUUUCAGGAUUCUAGAUCAUGUGCCUACAUUAGUAAACAGUGGACAGAACAUGAAGCUAACUCAGCAGCCUACAGGAGAGGAGAUCAAAUAUGCAGUAAUGGGACUAAAUGGAGAUAGUGCAGGGGGUCGAGAUGGCUUUACAGGUGCUUUCUUUCACUCAUGUUGGGAUAUAAUUGGGGAGGACAUAAUGGCUAUGGUGCAGGCUUUCUUUACUGGCCAUGAGUUGCCUAGAUACAUUUUACACACAAACCUGGUAUUGCUACCAAAAAAGAAACAGGUGGAAACUUUUUCUUAUAUGAGACCAAUUAGUCUCAGAAGAAGCAUAGUAGAAAAUAUACUCUUAACUCAGGAGAUAGUUACAGAUAUCAGAUUAAGAACCAAAGCAGAACCUAAUGUAGUGAUAAAGCUGGACAUGAUGAAAGAUUAUGAUAGACUGUCUUGGCUAUUUCUGUCAAAGGUGUUAAGAAGGAUGGGAUUUGGAGAAAGGUUUAUUGGCCUGAUAUUUGGAGUUGUAUCUAACAACUGGUACUCAAUGCUGAUUACUGGGCAGCCUAAUGGAUUUUUCAUAUCAACUAGGGGUGUGAAGCAAGGUGAUCCCUUAUCACCUACAUUGUUUAUACUAGCUGCAGAAGCUAUGUCAAGGGGAUUGAAUGCACUGCAUAGCAAUAUGCACUUCUGUGGGUUUGGAUUGCCCAAAUGGAGUCCCAAGAUCAAUCAUCUAGCAUAUGCUGAUGAUACAAUCAUUUUUUCUUCAUCUGAUGCUACCUCAUUGAUGUUGGUAAUGGAAGUUUUGACAUCUUAUGAAGCUGCAUCUGGGCAGCUUAUCAAUAAGAACAAGUCAGCAAUAUAUUUGCAUGAAUCAGCUGGAGCAGAAGUGGUGGACAAGGUGCAAAUGAUCACUGGAAUUCCUAAGCAAGAUUUCCCCUUUACAUAG